AACAUCGUGAACGUAAAUACACGGUGUGCGUUCUGUGUAUACGUGUUACGUUACAGACGUCUUCUAAAUCGUGUAGAAUUUUCAUGAUUCCCACCGAAAAAAAUUCAUCUGACUUUAUAUUUGUAUGGACCAUUUUGUUAAGUCAAAUUAAUUAAUAAAGAACAAUAGCCGAAGGUAGGUUAUAAUCAAGACGUACGAUAUUGACAGUGCUAAGAAUAUCAAGAAGUAGUAAGUUCUCGUUGGGUGUGUGAACCUUCGAAGUUAUCCAAACUGUUGUAUCGUGGACAUCGAAGAUAGAAAAGUUUGAAGAAAAGGACACACUAUCAUCGAAACCAUCGGGCGUUGCACUGUUCUAGGGGUAACACGGUGGGUGCAUAGCUGCGCGGUAUGAAAAAAUGAUGUGAUCGAUGGUCAUCAUGGCGGCACCCAUGCUAAAGUGGAAGCGGAUCACAAAUCCGUCCGGACCCCAGCCAAGACCUAGGCAUGGACACAGGGCAGUUGCUCUUAAGGAUCUUAUGGUCGUUUUCGGCGGUGGAAAUGAGGGCAUUGUUGACGAGCUUCAUGUCUAUAACACGACAACUAAUCAAUGGUUUGUACCAUCAACAAAAGGUGAUAUUCCACCUGGCUGUGCUGCAUAUGGAUUUGUUGUUGAUGGAAGCCGUAUUUUGGUUUUUGGUGGUAUGGUGGAAUAUGGAAAGUAUUCAGAUGAGCUUUAUGAACUUCAAGCAGUUAGAUGGGAAUGGAAAAAAUUGAGACCCAGACCACCGGAAAAUGAUUCUCCACCAUGUCCUAGAUUAGGACACAGUUUCACCCUUAUUGGCAAUAAAGUCUUUCUUUUUGGAGGAUUGGCUAAUGAUAGUGAGGAUCAUAAGAAUAAUAUACCAAGAUAUUUAAAUGACCUAUAUACCCUUGAACUACUUCCUAAUGGAGGAACAGUUUGGGAUGUACCACAAACAAAUGGGCAUGCACCACCACCUAGAGAGUCUCAUACCGGAGUAUCUUAUAAUGAUAAGACAGGAAAAACCUGUUUAGUGAUUUAUGGUGGUAUGAGUGGCUGUCGUUUGGGUGAUUUAUGGUAUCUUGAUGUUGAUUCAAUGACUUGGCACAAACCAGUGGUUCAUGGACCUAUUCCAUUACCCCGUUCUCUUCAUACUGCCACUUUAAUUGGUCAUCGAAUGUACGUUUUUGGAGGAUGGGUACCACUUGUUGUUGAUGAUGUUAAAGUUGCAACACAUGAAAAAGAGUGGAAAUGCACAAACACGUUGGCUUGUUUAAAUAUAGAAACUUGGACAUGGGAACAGUUAACAGUUGAUACUUUGGAGGAAAAUGUUCCUCGCGCACGUGCUGGUCACUGCGCGAUUGGGAUGCAUAAUAAACUUUAUGUAUGGUCUGGUCGAGAUGGAUAUCGCAAAGCUUGGAACAAUCAGGUUAGGGUUUGUUGUAAAGAUUUAUGGUACCUCGAAGUCGGUAAACCAUCUGCACCAUCGAAAUUGAAUUUAGUUAGGGCUAGUUUGCAAGCACUGGAAAUUCAAUGGACACCAGUGCCAUCUGCACAGUACUACAUAUUGCAAAUACAAAAAUGUAAACCUUCAGCGACAACUGGAACAUUUCCUACAGUCAGCACUCCAGCAAACACAGCAACACCUACCACGACAUCGGCAAUGGUUACUCUUGCAACUGAUUCUGCUACAUCUUCACCUGUUACUGCUGCCCCUGAGCUUCCACAAAUUCCAACCACUAUUAGACCGUCCAUACCUCCACAAACUCCGGUCCGAGUUCAAUCAACUGUGCAAAGCCCAGUUCAAAAACCAAUACCAUCACAAAGCGUAACAAAACCAUCAAGUCCAUUGACACCAAGAGUAGCCGGAAAUCUUAUCAGAAUUCGUUCUCCUUUAGUUACAACAACGCCAACAGCAACUACUGCUACUGAACAAGCUCCAACUUCUAAUACUACAGUGGCAGGCCAAACACCAGCUGCUAUGUCAGGAAUUGCUGCCUUAGCAGCAGCAGCUGCUGCUACGCCAAAAAUAAGCAUGAACAAUGUACCAAUUCUUCCACAAACUACAGCUAAUACAAUUAGGAUGAAAAAUGUACAACCAGGCCAACAAAUACGUUUCGCUGCCCCUGGAGCAACAGUAUUGAGAACUGCUUCACCACAACAAAGUAAACAAAUUAUCCUACAAAAACCAGGGCAAAAUAUAUCUGGUCAACCCCAGAUAGUACAUCUUCUGAAAACAGCACAAGCGAUGGUAGCAACUGUGCCUAAAGUAAGCCUCAUCCCAGGGAAGACUGUUCAAGCAACAGGUGCAAAGCCACUUAAUCAGGGGGCUAAAAUAUUGAGAUUAGUAAAUCCGAAUACUGUACAGGGAUCUAAAAUUCUUACUACUAUGAAAACAUCUAACAUCGUUGCAAUGAGCAAAGGGCAAAAUAUUAGCGGUAAACAAACGAUAAUGAUUACCAAACCUGGUGGUAAUGGUGGAUUAGUUGGCCGUAAUCAAAUAAUAGUAGUUACAACGGGAUCUAAUUUAAGAACUAUACAAGCUGUAACUACAUCCCAAGCUGGCAGUGGACAAACGGGUAAUAUUACUACACCUGUAAAUGUUUUACCCUUAUCAGCUACUAAUCACGUAACAAAUCAACAAGGAGUAAAGAUGAUCGUUGUAUCAUCUGGUGCAAUGGGCGGUGGCACUACUGGAAAACCAAUUACUAUUACAGUUCCAGGCCAAGGUGGUGUUCCAAAAACGGUAACUAUUGCAACUAAAGGAAGCCCACAAGCUAUCUUUAAUCCUGGAAAGAGUCAGAUUGUUACCAUGCCACAAAUACAGAAAACGCCAGAGACUGUCACAGUAUCUGGUAAGCCUGUAACAUUACAAAUGUCUGGAGGAAUAGGAGCAAAAACGGUUACUCUCAUGCCUACAAGUAGCACAAUAGUGACUACUUCAAGUGCAUCAGAGACAAUAGAUACAAGUAAAAUGUUAUUUGUCCCACCGCAAAAACAACCAUCAGCUUCAUUGGCAUCUACAUCUGAUGGUCCUGCUACCACUGAUGCAGCAUUGGCUGCAUUAGCUGCAGAGGCAGGUUUAAUAGAUCCAGUUCAAGAAUCUUCUGGUGAUCUAUCAUUCAUGGUAUCUACAGAUGAUGGUGGAGCAGGAGAUGGUAAAAUAGAAGAAAGUUGUAAUGGUGAUGAAACUACCACAGCAGCUGCUUUGGUUUCUCAAAUGGGAGCUGGUGAAUCAAUGCAAAUUGAUAGAGAUGGUAACUUUUUAAUUCCUCAAGUUGAUGGUCCAGCAGAUCUUCUUCUGUCUGAUGAUGACGAAGAAAACGAUAAAAUUGAUUUAGCGGAAGAUCCGGUGUUAGAGAAUCAAGAAGAUUCACAAGUUGCAGACUCUGUAAGUAUGGAGCAAGAUACAGAUGCAGCACCAGUGGAAGCUGUUCAUAUGGACGAGUCUUCUAUAAAAGAUCCAGAAACUUUGUCAGAAGGAGCAUCUGAACUUCCUGUUUCUACAAGCGCUGUAGAAGAUAUUCCGGUAGAUCCAGAACCUUCCAUUGAUGCUCAGCCAGACGAAAAUGACAUACCUAUUGAAGUUUCUAAUGAACCAGAACCAGCAAAUGAAACUGAUAUGCAAGAUGUGAAUGAUGCAUCAGUUGAAGAAGCACAAAUAAAACCUGAAAUUUCUAGUAUGCAGGAUCCAAUAGAAGCUUCAUCAGAAGAAGCAUCCAUGCCAGAUGCUAUGGAACUGCCAGAAAAUGAUGAAAGUGAACAGAUUGAAAAUAAUGAUAUAAAAUUAAUGGCAGUGGAUACGUAUACUUCUGAGUCUGAGAAACCAUCUGUUCCUGAACAUUUAUCACCUGAAGAUAGUUUAUCACAGCUCUCUCAAGAGGAAACUCAAGUUUUAGAAAAAAUUAAAGAUGAGGCUGUGGAGCCACCAAUGGAUCUUCCUGAAGGAACUCCAAUGGAAACAUUAGAGGACAACGAUGAACCAAUGGUUACAGAUUCUUGUUCAACUUCUACCACUGUUAAUAUUCCAAUCACAACAUCCAUCAUGCAGAUAAAAUUAGAACAGCCUGAUGAGCCAAUGAAACAAGGAAAGAUUCCUGAACCACCAGCAUCAUCUGUCAAUAGUAUUAGUCUUCUUGAGAAGGAAAUGGAUAUUAAAAAACCAGUAAUUCCAAUGAAAGUGGAAAUAAAAGACGAACCUAUCAAAAAAGAAAGUUUGAAACAAGAAAAGAUGAAUGGUACUAGAACAGAAAAUGGAGAUGAUUCCACGGCAUUAACUACGUUGGCUACAGCUGCCUUAGUUUCGGCAGAACAACCAAUAAAAAUAAAGGCUGAACAGACUGAAAAAGAAAAAAAAGAAGAAGAAUGGUAUGAUGUAGGAGUAACACAGGAAUCACGAUUUACUGUACAACAUUAUUACUUACCUAAUGAUGAACCUUUAGAUAUAACGCAACCAUUAACUAUGGAUGUUUUUGAAGGAAGAACAAAGGUUCCUUUAGAACAGGGAACUAUUUAUAAACUUAGAAUUGCUGCUGUGAAUAGUUGUGGACAAAGUGAUUGGAGUGAGGUAUCGGCGUUCAGAACAUAUGUUCCGGGAUUCCCCGGGGCACCUAGCGCUAUAAAAAUUAGUAAAACGGCAGACGGUGCUCAUAUUUCAUGGGAACCACCGCCUAACAGAAAUGAUGGACCCAUUUUGGAAUAUUCUGCCUACAUAGCUAUGGCGAAUACCGCACCAAAUAAUAACGGAGAACCAAAGACAACGGCGUCGAAUUCGAACCUAACAUUUACAAAAUUUUAUUGCGGUACAAACAAUUCUUGUUCGGUAUCUAAUAGUUCCCUUAGUGCCGCUUAUGUUGAUACUACUCGAACACCGGCCAUAAUAUUUAGAAUAGCAGCACGAAAUGUUAAAGGAUAUGGGCCAGCAACGCAAGUUAGGUGGUUACAACAAGCAUCUGUAGCGUCAUCAGAUCAAACUAAUUUUAUGGAGAACAACCCUCAAGUGAAGAGACGUGGUGUAAAUAUACGCUUACAAGCAAGCUCCCCACAGAAGAAGGUGAAACUAAAGAGACCAAGUAGCUAACUUUUCGUGAGCCUGUUUUUCCUUGACCUUUUACAGCCCAAAUAUCCAAACAGCGCUAUUCAUUAUUUAAUUUCCGCUGGUACACACGCCUAACAACGAUAAUGAAACAGUAUAUUCUUCGAAUAAACGACGUAAUAUGCGAGUAAAUGAAAGAAAUGAAUGCACGAUAUAGAGCGAUGGAAGAGGUAUCCAUAGCUAUAUUGAGGUAUAAACAUAAGGGUUAAAAAAAAAGUAUUUUAAGUGUUCUAUAUACGAAUACAAGGUCUUUCUAUACUGCGUUUUCUGACUCACCGUUAUUCUCCUAUUCCUUCGCGAAUGCGCGACAUUUUCUGUAAAGAUAACACGAAUACUGUUAAUAAAUGGCAAGGUGGUUAUUUUCAAGUUAAAUAACUUUCCACGUUUAUAAUUGCGUUCCAUAAUAAGCGUCAUAACAUACCGAUGAUACUUGCAUUAACACUUGCAUCACUUUUUAUGGUAUAUAAUUUCGUUUAAAUAUUGACCACCUCCAUUUUUAUUUUUUAAUAGGUGAAUUUAAUUUAGCUACAGGUUGUAAUAAAAGAAUGAUGAAAUGAAGUAGUCAUUUAAUUUGUACGAAAGCUUUGUUUUUAACAAAUGCUUUGUUCGAAUUUAUUUUAAAUUAUUUGUAUUUGAAAAUUUUUUAUUUUUACUCGGAUAUAUGUACGUACAGAUUUUCUAAUAUGAAGUGGAAGUAUAGAAAGCUUCCUGUUAUGUUUAAAUAUUUAUUGUAAAUACUGUAAUUGGAAAUAUUUUCUUUUAAUUUUAUUUACAAUUGUAUUUGUUGAAAUUUUGUCGAAAUUUUGCAGCGCGAUGCAAGUGUAACGAAAAUUUUGUUGAUAUCAUCUUUUUCUGUAUAGAAUAUCGGUGCUACAUUUUAUUCUCAUUACUUUUGUUACUGCCAAUCGCAAAAACAAAAUAUAUAAUUAACAUAAAGAGAAAGGAGCACGUAGUGUAAACUUCUUUUAAAUACAAAUUUGCUUUGAAAUUUUGUUAUUUCUUUCAGCAAUAAAGCAGAGAUAUUUUAUUAAAAAAAAGAAAAAAAAGUGGGAAACUAUAAGUUGGUAGAAAUGCACGUAUUAUUCGUGAAAAUUACAACUUGAUUUCGAAAGUGUUGAUAUUUUGAAAAAUAAAGAAUUUGAACAAAGUUAAUAUUUUUAUAUGGCAACAAAAUAAUUAUUUGGAUAGUAUAUCAUUAUAAUAUAUUAUGUGUAAUAAGAAGUUUAAUCUUUUAGGAUAUUACUAAGUCAAGGAAUUCGUAUAAAAAAAAAUUUAUAGAGAAAAUAAACGAAGUAGUCAUACAUUAAUUUGUUUAGGGAAGUCUUCAGUUUUUUUUGAGCAUAAUAUAUUUUAACUGAGAUACUGAAGUAGCUUUUAAAACAGUAGUUGGUAAAAACCAACGAUUAACAGAUUAUUAAUGUGGUUCACACAUAUGAUUAGGUGGCUUGGGGCUAUGUUGAAUCUGUAAUAAUUUAAGCGCACACUUUAUUUUUAGAUUAUCAAUACAAACUUUUUGUUAUCUGCUUGUAGCUUAAGCAUUAACAUGGCGUUUUAAACCCCUAAUAUGUUAUGCUAAAAAUUUACAUUAACAAUAUUUUAUAAACUAGCAUAUUCAAAAUGUGUUAAAAGAUUGAUAAAACGUUUAGAACUAAUAACUUUACAUUAAUUUGGCGUAUUAUUUUCAUCCAUUUUCAUUCGAUAAAUUCCAAUCUUAAGAAACUAUAUUUAACUAUGCGAGAUUAUUCUCGAUAACUAUCCGAUAACGUAAACUAUUUCUACGAACAAUUGAUAAAAAGUUAUUAGUUCUCUUAUCUUGUUUUGUAAGUUCUGUUAACAAAAAAUGACACUAGACCAUACUAGAAUAUCAGUUCAAAGUUAUUAUACAUAUUCUGCAAAUGAAAUAUUUUGAAAUGUACGUAUACGUGGUAUGAUAUUCUGUUCUAUCCAAAUGUAUUGAAACGAUAUCCAUAAUAUUCAAAUAUAUUCAAAGAAACUAUGAAUAAAUAUAGAAGAAAAAAAAUAUCUUUCAUGAAAUACUCGUUAUUUCACUGUAGCAAACUUUUAUAACGUGAAUGUGUACUUACACUGUAGAUACAUGCAUCUCCAAAACUAACUGUAACUAUACUAAAAUUACUAAAAAAAAAAAGUACGUAUUAAACUUCAUUUUAUUAUACUAGUAAGAGUGUUACAAUCUAUCUGUAUUAUAUACCUUGAACUUGUAUCAGCAAAUUUAUGAAUUAUAAAUUUUACAGAUUCUUUUUCUAAGUUUGAUACAGACAAAUUUUAGUUAUUUUAUUCAUUAUUAAUUGGGAUGAAAUAAGAAAUUUACAAAUAACGGAAAACAUAAUUAUACGUAAACUUAUAUUAUAAAAAGUAUAUUCUAUUUCUACCUAUACUGUAAUAUUGCUAUAAAUAAAUUUCAAUACGUUAUAUUUCAAUAUUAUAUUCCGCGUGCUGCCUUUCUGUUAAUCACUCAUAUCUUUUGGCAGUAACGAAAGCGAAUAUUAUAUAUGCACUGAGUUAUCUUCCUCCCGAGCUAAUUAAUUGUAGUAAAUAGGUCAAGUGAAUGAAUACCAUACCAAGACUUUUGGAUGUAAAUCGCGUACCUUUUUAAUAAAACGUUAAUGAACUAAUAAUUACGUUCAUUCAAAUUAUCAGCAAGAUCUACAUUUAAAAAUCUUAAAUGGUAUCGAUUAUAAGGACGUGAGAAACUUGAAAGAGAUCUAGAAAAUAAAGGAAGAAAGAUCUAUAGUUAAGGAAAUACAGAUGCAAAUAACUAUAAUAUUUUCUUUUCUAGCGCAUGAAAUAUGCUUAAGCCAGUCUUUGGUUUUUUCGUAAACACGAAAUUGAAAGUAAACUGUAAUGAACAAAUUUACUGUACUGUUCUGACAUAUAAGAAAAGAGAAAAGCAAACGGCAACGUCAGACCACGAUUUUACCACAGACUCUUUCUACGUGACUAGAUCUGAAAAUCAUACGACGCGAUUGCAACGUGCAAACACGCAUGAAGGAUAAUCAGGUAGAAAGCGAAUUGUACACGUUAGAGAGAAAUUGAAAGAAAGGACGCUGCAGCGAAGGUUUAAGAGACCUCGACUUUACGGUGAAGUCUUAUAGGAAUUUAGCGUGAUUCACGCUAAAUAGACUAGUACUGCACUCAACCUGCAAUCGUACUAAGUAAUAUAAACUUGUAUUUUUCGAUGGAAUUUCGUAGUCUCGAAGCAUAACCGCGGGACUACGAGAAAUUUUAGAACUGUGUUUUAGUGAUAAAAUUCGCAUACAAUUAAAUGUUACCGUCUAAGGUACCAAAAGUUUUGAUUUGGUAAUCGAAAACAUUGUAUACGAGAAGAAUAAUUCUAAGACUCAUAUAAACAGUUUCAAUUUCAAAGGCCAAUAUUUAAUUAAAUAAGAGAAAAUUGGAACACUAUUUCUUCUCGUGCAUAUCUUUUAAAGAUUCGUCGAAUUUUGUAAUUAACUUAUCCGAAUAAUAUCACACGUUUAAGCUACACUUAAGAAAACAACUUAGCGUGCCUAAUCGCAAGGUCAGUAAAAGAGAUAAAAAAGAAAAAACGCUAAACAACGUUUACAGAUUGUAAUUUUAUACCUCGAUAUAAAUUUAUAUUCGUACCGUCAUUGCGAAACGAGCAUCAUUAACGAUUAAAACGUCAACACGUGUCAUAGAUGAGAAUAUCCUACUUUUUAAUAUCUAAUCGCACUUUUUUAUAGGAUUCAUUAUUUCAAAAGCCAAUUUUACACAUAUUAUAUCUGGUAAAGUCGUACCAGAAACGACGCGAAUGAAGGAAUUAGCAACGUGUGAUUUUACAAUAUCAAAAAUCGUUUCUUCCAUCGAUGAAUUUUCAUAUGCAUACUCGCACGCGUUUAUGUUUUAUGACGUCAUAAAGAAAAACGUUCUAACUUCCACUUAAACAUUCUAGAAGCUUGAUAUAAUCGGCGACGAAGAACACACAGGUUCAUUUACGUGCUGGUUAGUGCAGUAUCUUCUUCCGGUUAUAUCUUCAACCAUCAUCCGACAUCCGACUUCGAGCGUCCAUCGCUUUCUCGUAAUCGUACAGCGUUGAUUAAAUUAUAUUGAUUAAUCGAUAAUAACGGAUCUAAAUCUUGUAUCUGUUAAUUAAUACAAAUUUAGUUGAUCGAAGAACGCAGAAGAGUUCGGUUGCUCUGUUCUCUUUUUUAAACUUCGUAAUUUCGAGAAUAACGGAGAGAGAAUGAAAGCGGACAAUGCGAGUUUCCGUAUAACAAUUCUACGGUAUAUGCGAACGAUUGUGUCGUACGAUGCAUGUUUCUGGCUAAUUAGGUGUGUUGCAUCUUGUGCAAAUAAAACAAGGACGAGUAAAUUUUUGAAAGAAGCUGAGAAGAGCAAUACCGUAGAGACAUCCUAUAUUCCGCUCACUGUAUCAACCGAUGGAAUGAUUAAGGAUAAAAAUAAAACAAAACGUGGUAUUUAUGUACGCGAGGAUCGACAUAGAUUUAUUCUUAGUAGGUAGCACAGGUGUGAUUGCAUUCUAUAUACAUAUACAUAGAAAAACGAUGCCUUUCGUGAUCUUUUGUUGAUUUUCUUUUUGUUGAAGAAAGAAACAAAAUUCGUUGUAACAAACGACGGAUAAAAACGUUGACAAGUUACCGAUCUUUCGACAAUAGUCUAAGGAAGACAUUCAAUGCAAUUCUGUAGAAUAUUUUUCACAGAAAGUGCAAUAUUUCGACGUGUCUCAAUGUUAAUUACCACGUGUCUUGAAACACGUGGACCCGUCGUGAGUAGAAAUUCGCACAGACGAAAAAUGCUGCGAUAUUCUUUUCGUUUAAUACAUGUUAAAGAACUUAUUAAUCGACAAUUAUGCUGUUUCGAAAGGAAUGCUGUGUAAAAUAACGUCGUGGCUUCGAAACACUCCAUCAAAUCACUAAUUCUAAUCAAAAAAGAAAAAAGAUCUAUUGCUCAAAUACUCAACUUCGCACUUCCUUGUGUUCAACUAGAUUUUACGUGAUACGUGUGUAAUGCCAUUGAAAAAUCGAUCAAAAGAGGAUACAGUAAAAAAGAAAAUGACAAAGAGAGUGGGAAGAAGGAAAAUGGAAAAAUUAAUCUAUUUGUUCGACAUCGAUUAAUUUCGAAGCAGCACGAUUUUCGAAAGUUUUAGAUUAGAUGAAAGGAACAAUUAAAUGGAACGUGUCCCGUGUGUACAUGUAUGUAUGUAAAUACGUACGAGUGUGCGGAAUACUAACAUACGGCGUUUGCAACAAUAGAUUAUUUUUCCACGUCUAGCUCGAAUGUUUCGAACCUUCGACGAACAUCCGUAAAGCUAGAUUUAGGACGUAAUGAGAAGUUGGUGAUCGGCAAUUCAUAUGUUUUGCAUAACGAUGAUAUACAGGUGUCCGUGACUGAAAUGUCCGAUGGGGCACAUAUUACAUUUAUCAUAUAUUUUAUUUUCCUUCAGACGUACAGGCGUAGUCACUGAACGUGAGAGAGAACAAUAACGAUGUCUAUGAUAAUAAUUAUAAUUUGCGUAUAUAUACAUUAUGGAUCGUUAUUUUCAUUUAUAAUUACGGUCGCUAAGGAAUUUAUAAUUAUGAUUGUUACAAUGAAAUGAAAAAUGCGUACAAUUAACGAACGAGACUAGAUAAUAAAAGGUGAUAAUACCAACAUUGGAUGGUUCGUAUUUAGUUAAAAUUUAAUUAGAAUAAAUCUAUUUUAAUACUGAAUCUAUAAGAUUGAAAAACUUUUUUAUUUUAAUCAUAACUGUAUAAUUACUAAUCAAAUUUCUACGUAAAAAAAAUAACGAUAUAAAGUAAAUGAUCUGAGAGUAUACAAGAAUUAUUGUUAGCAAUGGUAUAUACGUAAUUCGUAUAAAGAUAUCAAGUUAAUUGUACUGGAAGGAAGUAUACCUUAAAGUUUUAAUAUUGGCAAUGAAUUAACUUACGCAGGAAUCGCAUGCUUGUAUGAUCUUCUCCUUUAUGUUAUUAUACGAUCGAUUAGUUGAAAAUAGUUUUGCCAGUUUCUUGAAUCUUUCAGUAAAUCGUAUUACGAUGAAUUUGGACGUCGAGUUUCUGUGAGUGCAAUGUCUCUUGGCGUUUGGGUUCAUUAUGUGAUCGCGCUAUUUUUCACUCUAUUCAGCUAUAGAUUCUCUUCAAUGGUAGGGUUAACUAAACAUAUAUGUAAUAAAGAGAACAGAAUAAAUGUAUGUAAACUU